GUUACAGGUUGUUCUAGGCAAACUCUGCAUCGGAAUCCCCACAAAUAUCAAUACUUAAUCCUAGGUGAUUGCGGUAAAGGCGUUCUUGCUUCUUGAGUCGUAGGGCGAAUCUUGCGAUAAAUACUACAUUCCAAAUUGCUACAUCCCACCGAGAUUGUUCCUAUCAGAUUUGUACUUCAACCCUUCAUAUCCCUAUUCUUUGUUUGUCUGGCAAAAAGGGAUCCUCAUCAACUGUUUGAAGCACCACUGCUUAACGAAGAAAAAUGGCACCAGAACCAGUCACCGAAGUGUCUCAAAUGGACGAAAAACAUUCCGCUACAGAGACUAGCCAUGAUUUGGCACAUUCUGGUCCUUCUCGAUUCGAUCAGAAGCUCGCUUUGAAACUUGAUCUUUACCUUCUCACACCCAUGCUCUUUUUGAACUUCCUGUCUCUCAUGGGCCGAACGAAUAUUGGUGCCGCCAUGGUACAAGGCUUGCCAAAAGACUUGAAGAUGGAUGCCAUGAAAGUCUUCAUCUCAGUUACCAUUCCCUUGGUACCACUGAUCCUAUUCGAGGUCCCCAGUAAUCUCCUCAUGCGCUUUUUGGAAAGGAAAUACAACUUCUCGUACAUGAGAUAUCUAUCUCUUAUGACUGCUCUUCUAGGUCUCGUCACUCUGGGCCAAGGUUUUGACCAAAGCUAUUCGGCCUUGCUAGCUACUCGCUUCUUCGUAGGAGUAUUCGACUCGGGGCUCAUUCCUGGAUGUAUCUUCGUCUGUGCUUUAUAUUACCCAUCAGUGCAUCUGCAAUGGAGAGUAAGCAUGCUUAUGGUUGCAAACAUCGGUUCAAAUGUUGUGGGAAACAUUCUGGCUUUUGGUAUUGCUAAUAUCAACAGCUCAAAUGGGUAUCAUGGAUGGCGAUGGGUCUUCAUUGUCGAGGGAUGUCUCACCCUAGCCAUCAGUUUUGCAUGCCUCUUUUGCAACAUCAGUCGGCCCGAAACAGCAUCAUUCCUCAGCGAAGAACAGAAGGAUAUCAUCGCCACUGAGGUUGAAGCCCGCACAACAACAGUCGGAAUCGUCGCCGAAUGGAAGAUUUUCUUGAGCAAUGGUUUGAACUAUAUCUGGGCCGCAUGUUACGUGCUUACCUGUUCCACAACCUACUCUGUCGCCAUCUUUGCUGCUUCUUUUGUGAAAGCUUUCCAUCCUCACUACACCACACCACAAGUUCAGGGUCAAGUCGUUCCUAUAUUUAUCGUAUCUGGUGUAGCCUGUCUUUUGGCUGCAUAUGCAGCUGAUCGUUUCAACCACCGGGCUGGCUUUGCCAUUGCAGGUUACCUUAUCACAGCUAUUGGUUUCAUCAUUCUCAGACAACCCAAGACCCCCGCACCACAUAUCUCCAUGCUGGGUCUAUACUUCGUUAGCAUAGGUACAUUCGUAUCAUUGCCUCUCCUAUACAGCUUGCCAAUGAUCAACUCGGCUACUCCAUACCAGAGGGCUAUUGCAGCAGGCUUCGUAAUUGGUAUUGGAAAUGUCGGUGGAUUUGCCAGUUCAUGGUUGUUCAGGACCAGUCAAGCACCGCAUUAUAAUGAAGGAAUGACUGAUUCCCUUAUUAUGACUCUGGUGGCUCUGGCUUUAAUGGCAUUUGCUUGGUUGUACAUCACAAUCGCCAACAAAAGGUUGGACAAGAACAGUACCACAGAUGUGGGAUCUGUUAAUGUCAAAGAUGGCUUGGUCGUAAGAAGAUACAGAGCAUGAUUUGAUUUUUGUGUGUACUAGUUUAGCAAUUUCUAAGAGAAGUUUUAAUCAUGUGAUGCAGCUGUUCCUUACCUAUGUUUAGUUCGCGCUAAGCCCAGAAGCGAACCCCCCUGGUUUCGUGGAGAAUGACAAUCUCAAGCACGAACUCUGUGCAAUUCAAGCCUA